CAUAAUCCAUUCUUUUCUUCGCUUGGGUUCGUCUCUGCAGAAGAACGUGAUUUGGUAGCAGUAUAAAGAAGUAGUUAUUUGCCUAUAUAAUUUAGCUCAAACAAGUGAAGAAGACAGAAUAUACCAUGUCUGAAGACGAAGGAAAGGUGUAUGUUGGUAAUCUAAGCUUUGGCACAACCGAAGACGAAAUAAGAGCAGAGUUCGAGGAAUUUGGCCAAAUAAGCGAUGUAACAAUUAUCGUGGACCGUGAGACCGGCCGUAGUCGUGGCUUUGGAUUUGUAACGUUUUAUGAUAAAUCGUCUGCUACAGCAGCAAUUGAUUCUCAAAAACCAAUUGAACUUGGUAGAAGGACAUUGAAAGUCCAAACUGCGACAAAACGUGGUCAAGGACGAAGAGGUGGUGGUGGUGGUUAUGGUGGAGGUGGAAGGUACGAACAGAGCUAUGGCGGAGGAGGCGGUGGCUACAGCGGACGAGGAUAUGGCGGACAGCGUGACUACGGCGGACAGCGUGACUAUAGUGGACAGCGAGGAUAUGGUGGUGGUAACAGAUAUGGUGGUGGUGGUGGAGGUGGUUACGGUAGUGGGUAUAGUGAUGGAUAUGAUGGUGGAGGACAGUGGUAGAUUGAUCAUAGGCUUUUUACCACUUGUAUUAGCAGUUUCUAAAAAAUGGUUGUAGAAAAUUUUCGGGUUGGGCAUUGGGGACAAGAACUAUACCACAGUUAAUGGUUUGUAUUUUAAUCAAAGCAUUGCCAACGUGAAUAAAAAUUCUGCAUUUAUAUUUGUAAUACCGGCAUACAGUUAGUGGUUUCUCUUGAAGAUGUACUGUCUGUCAGUGUCAUGAGCUAAGAAAAUAUUAACAUUCUAGAUUUGAGUUAAUUUUUAUAUUUAAGUUAUUAACUUAAAAUAAAAAAAAGUUGACUGAUCAAAUAUUAUCCCCAUCAAUUAGAACAGACGGUUCAAUAUGGUAAAACCUUUAAAUGCUAUUUCAUUGAUGCUUAAAUUAGCUGCUAAUCAAAUUAAAGAUUUUUUUAAAUUCUUAAAUGUCAGUUAAUUGGCAAACACUUUCUUAAAUCUGUCUGGUGGGAGUCUUCUUGAUUUAAUGAAAUGAGCUAUUCAAAGGUUUAAUUAAAUUUUAAGGGUUACCUUUAAUUUCUAUUUGGCAGACAGUAUAUUUUUAACAUAUUUUUUGCAUCUUGUAAGGAUAGAGGACAAUUUUGUAAUACAUCCGGUGUGCAGAAAAAAAUUUUGGAAUUUUGUGGUAUCAAAUGUAUAUUAUUUCAUUCGAUAAAUUUACACAGUGUUAUAUUGAAAACUGUUGGUAUGGCAUUUUAAGCCAUUCUGUAAAAACAGUGUGCUAAAAAGAUACUCUACAGUAUUUGCAUAAGUUUACCAAAAAAAGAUAAUUCAAUUCUUUGAUUUACUAAUUUGAGAAUAUAUGAAUUAUGUGAUAUGCAUAUUGUACUGUUCAUUUUGAUCCACUGUUUUUAGACUUUUUAAAUAGCAUUGUCUUCCGGAUGAUUAUUUUCUGUUAUUUUAGUCGUCUUCUGCUAGUAUUGUAUACAGUUAGCCUGCAGUUUUCGAAAUUAGUGUAUAUUCUGUGACAGUUUCCUGCGAAUAAAUUCUGUGUUGCAUGUAAUAAUAAUGUUUUCAAAUAAAUUCCGUGAAUGUAUUUCA